CGCAGGCCUCGCGGCGGCCAUCUUGGGCAUGGGAAACGAGGCGAGCGCCGAGCUGCCGCCGGGCCGGGCGGCAGCCGCGGCGGGGCCGCGCGGAGGCCCCGCCGCGCCGCCCGACCUCGACCUGAGCAGUCUGUCCGAGGCCGAGCGGGCCAAAAUACUGUCGGUGAUGGCCCGCGCCCAGGACCUGGAGGAGCCGGCGCCGCCACCGCAGCCGCCGCAGCGGGAGCGAUGUCCUCUGUGCGGUGGCUCGGACCUGGAGCUUUCCGGCCGGUGCGUGGACUGCGGCCGCGCGGCGUGCGCGCGCUGCGGCUCGGCGUUGCCCCAACCCGACGGCAAGAGGCCAUGGGUGUGCAUGGAGUGCCAAUCCAAGUUCCGCCAGUCGCAAGAGGCUCGACGCCAGGAUGGCUUCCGGCAGCCGGCCCCGAUGUCCAAGGCGCCGCCUUUGGCUGCUAUGCAACAGCAGCAGAUCCAGCGGGCCGCCGGCGUGAUGCAGCCGCAGCAGCAGCAGCAGUAUCCCGCGGCGGUCUCGCAGCAGCCCGCGCAGCAGCGCGGCGCCACGUUGGGCGUGCAGCGUGCCGGAUCCCUGCAGCAGUCCGCCACCGUGCAGCAGAACCACCAGCAGCAGUAUCAGCAGCAGCAGAACCAUCAUCAGCAGCAUCAGCAGCAGCAGCAGAACCACCAGCAGCAGUACCAACAGCAGCAGUACCAGCAGCCGCAGUACCAGCAGCAGCAGUUCGCCGCCGCACCUAUGCAACCUGCCGCUACGCAACCUGCCGCCACGCAGCAGCCUGCCGCAACGCAACCGGUGGUCACGCAGCCUGCCGUGCAGCAGUUUACAACGCCGCAGCUUACCUCGUCGCAGUACGGCGCGGCGACGACACAGUUUGGAACGCCCACGCAGCCCACCAAUACCGUAGUACAGCGUGCCACGAUGCAGCACGCCGAGCAGCAGCCUCCUUCUUCUCCCGUGCAACAACGUGCCUCUUUGCAGUCCUCUGCCACGCAGCAACGUCAAACCAUGCAGCAGACCACCAUGGCGCAGCAGCAGCAGCAACAGCAGCAACAACAACAGCAGCAGCAACAACAACAACCGCAGCAGCAGCAACAGCAGCAGCAACAACAAAUGCAACAACAAAUUCAACAAAUGCAACAACAAAUGCAGCAACAAAUGCAGCAACAGUUGCAACAGCAGCGAGCAGCUGCGCAGCAUGCCGACGCCCAGUCUGCGGCAGCUGCGCAGCAGGGAGCUGUCCCAGGAACGGCCGCGGUACCGGCAGAGCAGCAGCAGGCGGCGCCGACCGCGGAGGACGAGCAGGAGGCCGAGCGGCGGCGGUUACAACGCGAGCAGAUCGAGCAGCACAAGCGAGAACAGGAGGAGCAGCGCCAGGCCGAGCUCAGCCAGGCGGAGCAGGAGCGUCGGCUCGAGCGCAUGCAACAGGAGCAGCAGCGCAGGCUGCAGGCGCUCGCCUCACGGCCCCCGCCUCAGCCGCUGCCAUCGCAGCCGGCCGAAGAGGAAGAGAGCGACGAGGAGGAGCUGCCCGCGGUCGCCGCGUCCAGCAGCGAAGCGAACGCAGAGUCCAUCGAGAUGGACGGGGUCGCCGAGGACAAGUUGGCCAACAGCGGCGGAGGCGGCAUUCCGCGCACGGUGCCGCUGCCGGGUCGCGCCGACUGGUCGCCAGUGAGCGAUCUGUCGCCCAUCCUGGAUGUGUCGCCUUCGUUGGAGGCAGCCGAGCAGGAGCUGAUGGAGCAGUUCCACGAGGAGCGUCGCAUGCCGCGUGCCACCGAGCGGCACGAUUUCGGGCAUGCUGGCCGACUUCAACAAGGCACUCAGCCUGGCAUCGCCGCCACGCACGCCGCGCCGCCAGCUGCCCGAGCCGUCCCCGCCCGUGCCGGCGCCGCGGUGCCUGUCGGCAGCCCCGCCGGCGAGCAGCCCGUCGGUGACGCCCGAGCCGGCCGAGUCACCCGCCAGCAGCGAGCCAGACGCCAAGGUGCGCCGGCGACUACCACCUCUGCCACGCGACCAGGAGCCCGUUCCUGCGCGCCGUGCCAAGGACCGCGCCCGCGUGCUGUCGGCACCGGAGCGGCCCAACAGGCCGCAACCACCUCCCCGGGCCUGCUCUGUCGACGGCGGCUUGGCCGCUUCCUCCGGCGCAGUCAGUGGGAUGAGCAGCAUCAGUAGCGU